ACAGCGGAAGUUGUUGUCUGCUAAAGUCCAAAUUUUUACAGUUUUCUCACCAGUAUUAAGUGUGUAUUUAUGUGUAUUCUUUGCACAUAAUAGAAAGAAAUCAUCACUUUUUUCUUCAUGAACUUCAUCCUGAGGAAAUGUAAAAUAUUCAAAGGUAGUAUUUAGCAGAUUUCUGGACAAAAACACACUAGAAACUUAUACUGACACGUGCAAAAACCUGGCAAUGCAAGUAGUGCAAAUCAACUAAUAUGUUUUUGAAUAUUGAAAAAUGGAGUAAACUUACCAAACUAGUCGGAUUAUUAAUAAUACUAUUCGUCUUUAAUGAAUUCAUUAUCUACUAUAUUUUCUUGUUGCAAUGUCAAUGGCCUCUUUUACAACAGUCAAAGUCAGCCGAAGACGUGAAAGUGAUGUUUCUAGCUGAUACCCAUAUUUUAGGUAAUAGAGAAGGACAUUGGUUUGAUAAACUUCGAAGAGAAUGGCAGAUGGAAAGAUCAUUUCAAACAGCAAUGGCUAUACAUAGUCCAGAAGUUGUUUUCAUACUAGGAGAUUUAUUCGACGAAGGAAAAUGGAGCAAUGACGUGGAGUUCAAAACCUACGUUAAUCGCUUUAAUAAAAUGUUUCGUCAUUCAUCUAGUACAAAAUUAUAUACUACAGUUGGAAAUCAUGAUAUAGGCUUUCAUUACAUGGUCAAUCCGCACAAUAGAAAGAGAUUUGAGAGUGCAUUCGAUGCUCCAUCAAUGCGAAUGAUUCGAUUGAAAAAGACUAUUUUUGUCUUAGCAAAUAGUAUGGCUUUCGAGGGAGAUGGCUGUGAUAUGUGUGCUGAAUCGGAAAAACUCUUGAAUGAAAUAGGAAGAAAGCUUGAUUGUGCUCAAAACGGAAACAAAUAUUUAGAUUGCCAUGACAUAACAGAAUCCUUUCAGUAUUCAAGACCUAUCUUAUUGCAGCACUUUCCCAUGUUUAGAAAAUCAGAUUGGAAUUGUAGUGGAGUAGACGCCGCCCCUGUAGAAGAGAGGCAUAAAUCAUUUAGGCCGAAGUAUGACUGUUUGUCAAAAGAGGCUUCUAACCAACUAUUUAAUAUUUUAAAACCUCGUCUUGUUGUAAGUGGUCAUACACAUCAUGGCUGCUUAACUUAUCAUUUAGAUGGAACACCUGAAUAUACAGUAGCUUCAUUUAAUUGGAGAAAUAAAGCAAACAGUCCUUCGUUUCUAUUGGUAAGUUAA